UCUGGCAGCGGCCCAACCGAAUAGGCCUCCUCAUCGUACCCGGAGUAAAGUCCCCAGGAGACCUGGUGGCAUCAAAAUGAGAAGAGGGACCGUAUUCUUGCUAGUGUGCCCUGAACAGGCAGUUAAGCUUCGCUUGCAGUCUCUCUAACUCUGCUUCCAGCUUCCUGGAUGACCUUGAGCAGCCACCGGCUUUUUCUGGACGCCACUUCCUAAAUGUGUUUUACCCGGUGUAGAAAAGCCCCGUUCAGCCCACCUGGCAAGCUAGCAGUGAGCACUGUUGAAACCGUGCAAGAUAAUAGACAACAGAAACAUCUAACUCGCCCUAGAGCAAGCAUUUGUAUUAUUAAUAAAUCUCAGCGCUUCUGUUCGCUUUGCAGUGCCCUCUCCUGGAAAGUAAGUCAGAUGCAGGGCUUUGCUUCAGCCCUGGACCCUAGACUUCAAGCUUAGGCUAAAGGGGCUUCUGUUUCCUUUCCCUUCUCUCCUCCCCACCCUACUGUUAGAGCACAGAUGUAUUGAAAACAUUCACACCAAAGGGGUCUUAGGUAGGAUUUGUAGGCUCCUCACAGGUGCUAGAUGACAGAGGCCUGCUGUCAGGCAGGGAACCCCAUCCCUUUCCCCUUCCCCACCCUCUCUGCAACCCUUCUCCCCCUCCCUGCCCCGACUCCCACCUGCUCUGUGGGCUUGGUCCCCAUCUCUGGCUACAAGGGUUUCUGAGGUACAGCCACAGAGGCUAAAGUUAAAUAACUAGCGGGGGCAGGAAGGAAGGGGUGGGGAGGAGGGCCAAGGAGGAGGGUUCACGUUUCCAUCCCACCUUGCCCGAUUUCUAUCUAGUCAAAGGAAAAGGAAUGCUUGCAUGGUCUUGCACAAGUUUUGUUUUCCUCUGAGCCUUCGCUGUGUAAAGUACAGUAAGAUGAAAGCACGGAGUUGACAGUUACAAAGGUGUCCAGCACUGAGCCAGGAGCACGAUUCACCUUCAGAAAACAUUUUUAUUUUUAUUUAUUUUAUUUAUUUUUUUUUUAGAUUUUAAAUUUGCCCUUCAUUCCAUCUCUAGGUGUCCUUCUUCAAAGCUUUUUCCUUUUCAUGAAAAUGCUAGGCUCACCUCGCCUCCUCUGACUUCUCUUUUUUACCACCCUGUAGCCCCAGUCCUUGUCAGCCUUGGGUUAAUUGGGGGUAUUUCCCAACGGCAGGUUGUCUACCCCGCCCUUUCGUAAUAGGGCUGAGGCAUGCGCUUGCGCGGGGUCCAGGAAAAAACGUGCGUGCCAGGAGAAAGGCUGGGGGAAGGGGGCAGAGAGAGGGAGGGAGAGGGAGGGAGAGAAGGAGAGAGAGAGAGAGAGAGAGAGAGAGAGAGAGAGAGAGAGAGAGAGAGAGAGAGAGAGAGAGAUUGGGGGUAGGAGAGAGGGAAGGGUGGAUAAGGACGGAAAAAAGCUUUGGUCAGCCGUGAACCCAGGAGAAAAGCUGGGGGCCUGAGCCAGAACGGGAGCCCUAGCGGCGCAACAAGGCUGACACCCAGCGUUGGUCAGCUCCGCAUGAUGAGUCUCCGGCUCUUCAGCAUCCUGCUCGCCACGGUGGUCUCUGGAGCUUGGGGCUGGGGCUACUACGGUUGCAAUGAGGAGCUGGUGGGGCCUCUGUAUGCACGGUCUCUGGGCGCUUCUUCCUACUAUGGACUCUUUACCACAGCCCGCUUUGCCCGGCUACAUGGCAUCAGUGGAUGGUCGCCCCGGAUUGGGGACCCGAAUCCCUGGCUGCAGAUCGACUUAAUGAAGAAGCAUCGGAUCCGGGCUGUGGCCACACAGGGAGCUUUUAAUUCUUGGGAUUGGGUCACACGUUACAUGCUGCUCUACGGGGACCGUGUGGACAGCUGGACACCAUUCUACCAAAAAGGGCACAAUGCGACCUUCUUCGGGAAUGUCAAUGACUCGGCAGUGGUCCGCCAUGACCUUCACUACCACUUUACGGCUCGCUACAUCCGCAUCGUGCCACUGGCCUGGAACCCACGCGGCAAGAUUGGCCUGAGGCUGGGCAUCUAUGGUUGUCCCUACACAUCCAGCAUCCUGUAUUUUGACGGCGACGAUGCCAUCUCAUACCGCUUCCAGCGAGGCGCCAGCCAAAGUCUUUGGGACGUGUUCGCUUUUAGUUUCAAGACAGAGGAGAAGGAUGGGCUGUUGCUGCACACCGAGGGCUCCCAGGGGGAUUAUGUGACGCUUGAACUGCAAGGGGCGCACCUGCUGCUGCACAUGAGCCUGGGCAGCAGUCCCAUCCAGCCAAGACCUGGUCACACCACGGUGAGCCUUGGUGGCGUUCUUAACGACCUAAGCUGGCACUAUGUGCGGGUGGAUCGAUAUGGCCGAGAUGCAAAUUUCACCCUGGAUGGUUACGCCCAUCACUUUGUGCUCAACGGCGACUUUGAAAGGCUGAAUCUUGAAAAUGAGAUAUUCAUCGGGGGUCUAGUGGGCGCAGCCCGUAAGAACCUGGCCUACCGCCAUAACUUCCGUGGCUGCAUAGAAAACGUGAUCUACAACCGGAUCAACAUUGCAGAAAUGGCAGUGAUGCGCCAUUCGCGGAUCACCUUUGAGGGUAAUGUGGCUUUCCGUUGCUUGGAUCCCGUUCCACACCCCAUCAACUUCGGAGGCCCUCACAACUUCGUCCAAGUGCCUGGCUUUCCACGCCGAGGACGCUUAGCCGUCUCUUUUCGUUUCCGCACCUGGGACCUCACAGGGCUGCUCCUUUUCUCCCACUUGGGGGACGGGCUGGGUCAUGUGGAGCUGAUGCUUAGCGAAGGGCAAGUGAAUGUAUCCAUCGCGCAGACUGGCCGCAAGAAGCUUCAGUUUGCUGCUGGGUACCGCCUGAAUGAUGGCUUCUGGCACGAGGUGAACUUUGUGGCACAGGAAAACCAUGCAGUCAUCAGUAUUGAUGAUGUGGAAGGGGCAGAGGUCAGGGUUUCAUACCCACUGCUGAUCCGCACAGGGACUUCAUACUUCUUUGGUGGUUGUCCCAAACCAGCCAGUCGAUGGGGCUGCCACUCCAACCAGACAGCAUUCCAUGGCUGCAUGGAGCUGCUCAAGGUGGACGGUCAACUGGUCAACCUCACUCUGGUAGAGUUUCGGAAGCUCGGUUAUUUUGCUGAGGUCCUCUUUGACACAUGUGGCAUCACAGACAGAUGCAGCCCUAACAUGUGUGAGCAUGACGGACGAUGCUACCAGUCUUGGGAUGACUUCAUCUGCUACUGCGAACUUACCGGCUACAAGGGAGUUACCUGCCACGAACCAUUGUACAAGGAGUCCUGUGAGGCCUAUCGGCUCAGUGGGAAAUAUUCUGGAAACUACACCAUUGAUCCUGAUGGCAGUGGACCCCUGAAGCCGUUUGUGGUGUAUUGUGACAUCCGAGAGAACCGAGCGUGGACAGUUGUGCGGCAUGACAGGCUGUGGACCACUCGAGUGACUGGUUCCAGCAUGGACCGGCCCUUUCUGGGGGCCAUCCAAUACUGGAAUGCCUCCUGGGAGGAAGUCAGCGCUCUGGCCAAUGCUUCCCAACACUGUGAGCAGUGGAUCGAGUUUUCCUGCUACAAUUCCCGGCUGCUCAACACUGCAGGAGGCUACCCCUACAGCUUUUGGAUUGGCCGCAAUGAGGAACAGCAUUUCUACUGGGGAGGCUCCCAGCCUGGGAUCCAGCGCUGUGCCUGUGGGCUGGACCAGAGCUGUGUGGACCCUGCACUGCACUGCAAUUGUGAUGCCGACCAGCCACAGUGGAGAACAGACAAGGGGCUCCUGACCUUUGUAGACCAUCUGCCUGUCACUCAGGUAGUGGUAGGUGAUACAAACCGCUCAAAUUCUGAAGCUCAGUUCUUCCUGAGGCCUCUGCGCUGCUAUGGUGACCGCAAUUCCUGGAACACCAUCUCCUUCCACACUGGAGCUGCACUGCGUUUCCCUCCGAUCCGAGCCAACCACAGCCUCGAUGUCUCAUUCUACUUCAGGACCUCGGCUCCCUCGGGUGUCUUCCUAGAGAACAUGGGGGGUCCUUUCUGCCGGUGGCGCCGACCUUACGUGAGAGUGGAGCUCAACACAUCCCGGGAUGUGGUCUUUGCCUUUGAUAUUGGCAAUGGGGAUGAGAACCUGACAGUGCACUCGGAUGACUUUGAGUUUAACGAUGAUGAGUGGCAUUUGGUCCGAGCUGAAAUCAACGUGAAGCAGGCCCGGCUGCGAGUGGAUCACCGGCCCUGGGUGCUAAGGCCCAUGCCCCUGCAGACCUACAUCUGGCUGGUGUAUGACCAACCCCUCUAUGUGGGAUCUGCAGAGCUUAAGAGGCGCCCUUUUGUGGGCUGCUUGAGGGCCAUGCGUUUGAAUGGAGUGACUCUGAACUUGGAGGGCCGUGCCAAUGCCUCUGAGGGCACCUUCCCCAACUGCACCGGCCACUGCACCCACCCCCGGUUCCCCUGUUUCCACGGAGGACGCUGUGUGGAGCGAUACAGCUACUACACAUGUGACUGUGACCUCACAGCUUUUGAUGGGCCAUACUGCAAUCACGAUAUUGGUGGAUUCUUUGAGACCGGCACAUGGAUGCGCUAUAACCUCCAGUCAGCACUGCGCUCUGCAGCCCGGGAGUUCUCACACAUGCUGAGCCGGCCAGUGCCGGGCUAUGAGCCUGGCUAUGUUCCAGGCUACGACACUCCUGGUUACGUGCCUGGAUACCACGGCCCUGGGUACCGACUGCCCGAGUACCCGAGGCCCGGCCGGCCAGUGCCCGGGUAUAGGGGGCCUGUCUACAAUGUUACUGGAGAGGAGGUCUCCUUCAGCUUCAGCACCAACUCUGCUCCUGCCGUCCUGCUCUAUGUCAGCUCCUUUGUACGUGACUACAUGGCUGUGCUCAUCAAGGAAGACGGGACCCUACAGCUUCGGUAUCAGUUGGGCACCAGUCCCUAUGUGUACCAGCUAACCACCCGGCCAGUGACUGAUGGUCAGCCCCAUAGUGUCAACAUCACCCGGGUCUACCGAAACCUCUUUAUCCAGGUGGACUACUUCCCGCUGACAGAACAGAAGUUCUCUCUCCUGGUGGACAGCCAGCUGGACUCACCCAAGGCCUUGUAUCUAGGGCGUGUGAUGGAGACAGGAGUCAUUGACCCAGAGAUUCAGCGGUACAACACCCCAGGUUUCUCAGGCUGCCUGUCUGGUGUCCGGUUCAACAAUGUGGCUCCUCUCAAGACCCAUUUCCGAACCCCUCGGCCCAUGACUGCUGAGCUGGCGGAGGCCAUGCGGGUUCAAGGAGAACUGUCAGAAUCUAACUGUGGAGCUAUGCCACGCCUUGUCUCUGAGGUGCCACCAGAACUUGAUCCCUGGUACCUGCCUCCAGAUUUCCCAUACUACCAUGACGACGGAUGGAUUGCCAUACUCUUAGGUUUUUUGGUGGCCUUCCUGCUGCUGGGGCUUGUGGGAAUGCUGGUGCUGUUCUAUCUGCAAAAUCAUCGAUACAAGGGCUCCUACCACACCAACGAGCCCAAGGCCACCCACGAUUCCCAUCCUGGCGGCAAAGCUCCCCUCCCUCCCUCAGGCCCUGCCCAGGCCCCUGCCCCUACUCCAGCUCCCACACAGCUUCCAACCCCAGCCCCAGCCCCAGCCCCAGCCCCAGCCUCUGGCCCAGGCCCCAGAGACCAGAACCUCCCCCAGAUCUUGGAGGAGUCCAGGUCUGAAUGAGUCACAAGGGCUUCAGGGACCAAGGCCAACUCCUCUAAGUCCCCUCAGCUCCUGCCUUCCCCCUCCCUUGCCAGGGACAUUUGGCUCUUCUAAGCAGGCUCUGUUCACCAGGAGGAUUCCCCUCUUGCCAAGUUUGGUGCGCAGAGCUACAGAUGGGACCAAAGGGAGUGGCCGAGCCUCACUGCCUAAACCAAUGCCCUGCUCAUCCCUCUACCCCCCCCCCCACCCGCCCCCAGCUCCAGACUGUUUGCCUGCCCUACAGGAGAAAGCCCAUGAUGCUGAGACAGGCCUUUCCUGCCAUCUCUGUCCCAGCUGCUGGCAAGGAUUAACAACGAAGGGCAGGGGAGAUGAACUGCCUCCCUUCCUGUGUACACUAUCAGCAGGGACAGAUGUGGGGGAUCGAGAGGCUGCUAAAACACACCCUGGAGCCUCCCCUCCUCCUCCUGCCCUGCUGACCGGCUGUCUUCCAUCUGCUUCCUCUCAGCUGGGGCUGAGGGAAGAACUUCACCACCCCCACCCCCACCUCACUCAACCCUUUUUGUUCUUACAGAGACAAGAGGCCUGCCUCAGUUUAGCACUUUAGUACCUCCACUGCUUCACUUGCUUCAGCCAAAGCCAUAAAAAGCCUGCCUGAGUAGAAAAGAUAAUGCAGAUGCCCUGCCUAGCCAGCCCUCUACUCUUCCACCCCUUUUCAAAAUAUGCAAUAGCCUUGGUGCCUGUGCGCAGGCCUGGCCCUCUCCAAUGCAUGAGGAGCCCUCCCCCCUCUGCUCAGAAAUGCUGCUGCGUUUACCCAGGAGGUCAUAUUCUUUAUAUAUAUUUCUUGUUGCAGAGUCUCUCUCCAGAGAACUAUAUAUUACUCUAAUUUUUUAAUUAUCUGUUUAUAUAUAAAAGAACUCAGUGGGCUGUCCUGUGCUAUGCCCAGUUUGUAGCGAGCUCCUUCUGUGUUUGAUGUCUCAUGAGUCCUGCCAGCCACUCACCCACGUGCUGGGCCUCCACUCUAGUGCAGGGCAGAGCCUGCUGUGCCCUCAACUGAGCAGGUUCAAUAAAGCAGCGUGGCAGAG